AUGACCACGAACGUUGAUAUACAACCAUAUACACAUCCAUCUAAUCAAACGCGAACACGACAACUACCGAAUGAUUUUGCCAACGAUCACAUCGAUAAACGAAGGCGGCCAUCUGGUGAUGAUUUAUUGCAAAGGCAGUUGAUCCUACCAUCAUCGCAACACCAGCAACAACCUUUACAGUCUCCACCAUUACGAUUACCGUUGAAUGGUUCCGGCCAAGCCGUUACCACAUCGUACUACACACAGCAGAACGGGAAUUCAUACCAGCAAGGAAUAACUGGCGGGCAAUUACGUGGAAAUCACACCGUUCUCGAUCAACAGUUAUCUCAGUCAAAUACUACCGAACAACUGAAAACGUAUCUGGAAAAGAUUCGGCUAUCGGAAUUAUUCAAGCAGGAGAGACAAAAGCUAUUGGCGAGCGCGGGACAGAAAAUGCAAAAGGCUCACGAACUAGAACAACUACAAGCUCGGUUAAUGACAGGAUCUCAACCUCAGAAUGUAUUACAGAGUUAUCAAGCACUCGCAAAUCAACCAUUUGCACAAAAUACAUUAGUAUCCCCCACACGUCCAACCCAGCAACACAAUGCUACUCAAUCAGGACAACAGCAGGUUUUAACGUCUCCUAUAUCGCCACAAGCAACUCAGGCUGUAUCACGUGUUCCAAUCAGCUCGCAACCCGCUCAGCAGAUCGCAUCUCAACAAGAAAUUAUACAACCACAUCAACAUCAGCUUAA